GGCGAUGGGGUUGAUCGAGCGGUUAGUGUACAUUUUAUCCAUCAUUUGUGAAUUUGCUAGUCCCAAUUGAGGAAUUUGGAUUGAGUUGUGUCCAAGUCAUGUCAUGUGUCAUGUCAGGUGUAUUUCUUGACCGGGGAGUGGAAUGCAGGAACACGAAGAGAGGAACGAGGCAAGAAGAGGGAGAGAAGAGAGAAGAGAGAAAAGAGGAGCGAGGAGUGAGGAAAGAGAAAGAAAGAGCCAAUCACGUAACCGUCUCUAGCCAAAUACGAGGAUUACAUAAUCUCCUUCAGAUCAUUUGCGUUGGUCAAGUCUUGGUCCCCCAGUCAGUCUGCGUCUUUUCUUCUGAUUGACUAUUAUGAGUACGACCACAACCACAACCACAACCACAACUCCAUCUACAUCUACAUCUCAACAGUUCUUGGAAUACCUUCAUUCUUUCAAUAUUGCUUGGGUUUUCUUCCAUUCGUUAUUGCCUUCUCGUCGCGAUUAUAUCGGUCACUGUUUGGAUGCUCUUCAUUAAUGCCCUCCUCCCCAUUCUUCGUUGCAUAACAUCAAACUUACCCCAUAGAUCUGGAUACCCUUGUAAACAUUAAUUACUGUCUGUUCCACUACUGCAAUAGAGGAUUCAUUCUCAACCAUCAGUUUCCUGCUGCACAACGACAAACUUAACGUCGUGAUCGACUUUGGAAGGAUUCUUGCGACCAGAGAACAGUUCUAGAACUUGGAAUCGAAUCAAGAGUCAAUUUGGGAGGAGGAUUCGAAGCAAACAUUACUCGAUUUCGAUUCAUUUCCCGUAGGAACGCAAUUCUUCGAUCGGUCGGGCGCUGCGACAACAUUCGACUUGGUUGGAGUGUAUAACCUCAACUUCCCACCGCAAGCACCAACGAUUCCUUCUCGAAUACGAAUUAUAAUAUACGCAAAAUGCGAUUCAAUAAAUCAGUAGCAUCUGCUGCUUUUGCAGUUUCAUUAUUUGUUAUGCCAAUUAUGGCCGCAACCACCACAACCGCGGCUGCAACAGAUACUUCAGAAUUACCCAAUCUUUCCAGUGUGGCAGCUUCGGAAUCUUCAGCCGCUGCAGCCUCAACGAAAACCACAACCUCCAGUGACACAGUCUCGACAACAGCGCAAUCGAUUGCCGUAAUUACAGGUGGAUCUACAUCAACGGGUAAAUCUGCUUCAACUUCCGCUUUGCCAACAUUGGCUGGGGCAUACACAAUUCCAACAGCUGCUGUCCCUCCAACCUCAAACGCUCCAUUUAUGAAAGAAUCGAGUUACCCCGAAGGAACCGUUUUUAUUGCAGUAGGUGCAGUCCUUGGAUUUAUGGCCCUAUCGGUUUUGGUUUGGCGUAUGAUGGUUGCUUGGGCUUUACAUAGAUCAGUCAAACGCGCAGCUAGACAACCGAGCCAUGUGGAUAAAAAGCAAUUGUUUCAAGCUCCUCCUGCACCAUUUUACAAAUAUGCCGAUAAAGAUUCAACUCUUUCCCUAGGUGGAGGAGGAUUGGGGGGGAAAAGUGGCAAGAAGAGACCAACCACUGCUAACGCACCACCAUCUCAAACAUCUUUGUUCUUUAGUCCUACAGCUCUCGCUGGUGGCAAUACCCCGGGAAAUCGUGCUUCAAGUUAUCUUCCAGCAGGUUAUUAUGCAGCAGGAAAUGCACUUCCAGGAGCAUAUCCAGGUGAUAGACAAAGUAUUAAUAUGUCAAACCUCACUCCACAAGGUUAUGCAAGAGGAAAUCAAUCUCCACCUGGUAGUCCUGGUCAUGGUACUCAUUCCGAAUCGAGUACAUUGGAAUCAAGACAUAAUGAUGGAAAUGUUAGAGCGCCAAGUGCUUAUUUGCAAGAUCUCUUUGAUGGAGAUAAUCCACAUCCUGCACCUCUACAAGGGCGUGACAGAAGGUCAACUCGUUAUUGAUGGGGACAAGGAGAGGAUAAGUUUGAUUUUGGGAGAGGUUACACUGCUCAGUACCAACUUUUGUACAACGUGAUUGGAUUGGAUUGAUUAGAGGCGUUUUUUGUUACACGCAUACGUAAAACAUGAAGAGUUGGUUUAUUACUUUACAGCUAGGAGAAUUGGUUUAAUGCUUUUAGGGUAGUCUGUGGUUGUUAUUAAUGAAUGUUGUGGUGCGUAUUUGCAUGAGUGUUUGGAGCGGGGCGUGUUCUUGGGAAUAGUAUGGGUCGUUUGUGGUCGGAUUGUCUAAUGCAAAUGCAUUGCGGAAUAGGGGAGGCAUUUUGUAUUGACGAGAGGUAGAGUGGAGGAGUGGAUGAUGAUUUGGGAUGUAUCGAAUAAGGGUGAAUAUGGAUGUGGAUGGUUGGCAAUGAGAAUGGAUUGAAGGGUGUCAUGGAGCCCUCUGUUAGCUUGUAUAUAGAUGAAUUGAUACGAUAGCGAAGUGAAAUUAAGUUUUGAAGUCUUUUAUUGAAUGAGGAAUAUA